AGAAGAAGAUUAACCAGGUUAAAUGUUCUGAUAUAAUUCAAUCAGAAAACACAAAAAGAAAAUUUAAAAAAUGAACGUGCUAGGGCGCUAUUUUGGACGCCUUGUACAUAACGCCGUUUACAACCCGUUAUAUCCCAACGUAAUUAACAGAACAAUCGCUUAUAAAAGUGCUUUAUCUUUGGAAAAUUUGUAUCCCAACAGUAGUUUGAAGCUAACAACACCUUCUAAACCAAGUGAGGGGCAACAUCAAAAAUUUAAUGGAUAUAUUCCUGUGGAAGAACUUGAUAUCACAUACAGUAGAAGUUCAGGCCCUGGUGGGCAAAAUGUUAAUAAAGUCAAUACCAAAGUGGAUGUUAGAUUUAAAAUAGAAACUGCUAAAUGGUUAAAUGAUGAUAUUAAGAAAAAACUAAUUGAAAAAUAUCAGGAUAAGUUAACAAAAGAUGGUUAUUUAGUAUUUCGGUCAGAUUUGACCAGGUAUCAACAAAUGAAUCUGGCUGAUUGUCUUGAAAAAAUAAGGGCAUCUGUUCGGGAAUGUCUGGUUGAAAAGACCACACCAACACCAGAAACACAAGAAAGAAUCAGAAGAAGAAUAGAGAAAGCUGCUAGAGAAAGGUUGGCAAUAAAAAGGCACAGAUCAGACACAAAGGCAGGCAGAAGAGACCCUGAAGUGAGAUUAUAAUAAAGUAAUAAUUUGUA